AUGAAUAAGCAAUUGAAAACAAAUCCCUGCCAAUGGAGUCGGUUUUUAGAUUUUGCUGAGAAGAAUCCUGUGGUUCUGACGAAAAAAAUGGAAGGCCCCUUUGGUAGGGAGAAGUACAACAAGUUGUGGACUGAACUGACCAGCUCUUUAAAUAGUAUGGGGUAUAUAGUGAAAACCACCGAGAAGUGGCAAAAAGCUGUGGCUGACUGGAAGGGGAAAGUCAGGACAAAAGCAGCUGAAAUAAAAAUUGAGCUGAAGAAAACAGGUGGAGGAAGUCCAGCAGGAAAACAACUUUCUGAAACUGAAAAGAGGUUGAUAGGAAUCAUGGGAUGGACAUCAAUAAGGGGAGACGGAACUCUCGAGCUUGGAUGCCCCUCAACCAGUACUAUUCCUGAACAAAUCCCAGAAACUCAGAUAGAGUUUGAACACAAUUAUGACUUUAAAACAAUGCCUCCGUCUCAAAGGAAUGUAUAUAUCCCACCACCACCAUUAAUUGGUAUAUCAUCAUCAUCUUACAUUAAUAUGGAUAAAUCUAUAGUGUCUGAGACAGCUAAAUAUGGACCCAACUCCACCUCAACACCACAACAUUCUCCUGUGGAUAACGAAAAUAUACCUAUGCCUGUGGAAGUGAAGAAUAGCAGAAAACGUAAACUGCCUAUUAAAAAAAAAACUUUCAUUUCACAGAAGCGUUCUAACACUGUCAAUUUAGAAAAUAUGCAUAAUGAAACACUAGGCAUAUUAGGAGAAAUAAAUUCAAACUUGAAAAGACUGGGUGAUUCUCAAGAGGAACUAUGUGGAAUCCAUAAUAAAAUUUUAGAUGUCCUAUUGCAUACUAAAUGA